CGCCCGCUCGCCCUCCGCGUCCCUGUGCAAAUGCAGACUCCGACUGCGCGGGGUCUCACUUGCGCUCGGCCUCCACCCUCCUCUCCUCCUUCUCCUUCUCCUCCUCUCCUCUCCUCUCCUCUCCCGCGGCCGGGGCUCGCGCUGCCCCUGGCCAUGUCCGACGUGUAUCUCCGCAGCGAAUUGGCAAUGGAGCGCCUUGUCUCCCGCCGCACCUACCCCCAGUUAGCGCGCAGCAGCGCCUGCCGCAGCCUCUUCGGGCCUGUGGACCACGAGGAGCUGAGCCGCGAGCUGCAGAUGCGCCUCGCCGAGCUGACUGCCGAGGACCAGCGCCGCUGGGACUACAACUUCCAGCAGGAUGUGCCGCUGCGGGGCCCGGGACGCCUGCAGUGGACCGAGGUGGACAGCGAGUCCGUGCCUGCCUUCUACCGCGAGACCGUGCAGGUGGGGCGCUGCCGCCUGCUCCUGGCGCCCCGGCCCCGCCCGGAAGGCGCGGGCGCGAGCCCGCCCUCCGGGCCGCCGGCCGAGGAGCCCCUCGACGGCCUGGGGGAGGCGCCGGCGCCGCCGUCCAGCGGCCCGGCCGUGCCUCCUGCCCCGGCCCCAGCCGCGGAGCCGCAGGAGAGCGCUGAGCAGGAGGCGGGCCCGCCGCCGCGCAAUCAGGAGCCUCUUGCCGAGCCGCUGCAUUCAGGGAUAUCGGGGCGCCCCGCGCCGGGCACUGCGGCCGUCGCCACCACUGCCGCCGCCGCUGCCACUGCCGCCGCCGCCACCACCACUGCCGCUGCCGCCGCCGCCGCAGCCGCCGCUGGAGGCGCCGCGAUCAAGAAGCUGCCCGGGCCUCUGAUCUCCGAUUUCUUUGCCAAGCGCAAGAGACCUGCGCCCGAGGCCAAGUCGACCAACGAGGUCCCCGGGGGCUGCACCGCUCCUGGCGGCGCUCCGGCCGUCGGCUCGGCGGAGCAAACCCCGCGCAAGCGGCUGCGAUGAGCCUCGCGCCCAAAGAGCCCGAGGGAGCCCGCUGGGCAGCGGAGGAGGAGCGUUGGGCCUCGGCUGGGACCGUCCAUGUAGCAGCAACCGGCGGCCGCUGCCCUAGAGCAGCGUUCGGUUUUGUGUUUAAAGUUUGAAAACUGUGCAAUGUAUUAAUAACUCUUUUAUAUCUAAAUGUAUUCUGCACGAAGAGUACACUGGUCCCAAGGUGUAAAGCUUUAAGAGUCAUUUAUAUAAAAUGUUUAAUCUCUGCUGAAACUCAGUGC